AUGGCCACCCAGCCGUACCCUUCGCAGUACGGUGUGGCGCCCAGCUCGUCGCGCAAUGUCUACCGGAUCAACACUGCAGCCCCCGGCAUGCCUGGACCGCACUCCGCAGGCGCCUACUACCCCCCACCACAACAUCACCCCCACCCGCAUGCUAUGCAGCACCCGCACCACCACCAGCAGAUGUAUUUGGGGCAACCGGACAUGUCAGCGUUUGGCCUCGUCACGCCGCCGACCACUACAUCUGCCCAGUUUGGGUCACCUCUGAUUGCUGGUGGGGGAUACCCGGGGAUGGCUGGGACACCGACACCCCAGUGGUCGAUGAACGUCAACGCGCUGGCUCUCUCACCUGCGAUCGGCAAUGAUGGCACUAUGCCAUCUUUCUAUGCCCCCUCCCCGUUGCUUGGUGGCGACCCGUCUGGGGACGUUUUCAGCACCGGACCAAUGUCGGCGCGGGAUGACAUGACUGAAGGCCUCGGAUUUCACGGCGGACCUCAGAUGGGUCACCACCACCACGCCCACCACAUGUACGGAGUGGUUCCCGGCCAGCUUGGUGCUAAGCCGGGCCAUCAUCUUAUGCUCGAUGCCGCUGGUAAUCCGGCACCUGAGAUCAAGAAGCGCUCGCGCACUGCGCAGGCUUGUGAGCGCUGCCGCAUCCGCAAGGCAAGGCCCGCGAACAGUGGCAUGGGGACAAAUACUGGCUCAACCUCAACUACCCCCACCUUGGGAUCAACGUCGACCACAACUGUCUCGAAGCCCGGUCCUGCGCCAGGCAAGCCUAGCCGCCGCCACAGCCUUCCGGAACAGCCGGGGGCUGCACCGAGCUUCGCCACAGGUCCCCCACCAGGGCCGCAGAAGGGCUACAGCUCCACCGACGUCCACCAGGUCGGCACUGGCGAGAGCACGCCAGUCGCCUACUCAGUCCCCUCAUCGACGGUCAUCCCGCACCUUCCCACCCCUGUCGGCGCCGAGUAUCUUGCGGUUCCGGGGCAGUCUGGUCAGCCAAGUGCGGCUUCGGGUACCGGCUCGCGCCCACCGUCCGACCCCACCUACUACCACAACACGACUGAGCUCCGUUCCCCCGUCUUCGCAUUUACACCUGAUUCAGCCGAGCCAGCGACGUCUGUCUCUGCCGAAUACCCAUACACUCCCAUAUCGCCCGCCACGACCUUCUCGCCCCAGCUCGGCAUGACUCCCGCCGUCCCAGGCCAGUACGCUCCUCGCCAACCCCCAGCGCAAGACCAGACCCUCAACGACUCGAACGUGUGGUACUCGGCCACUUCGACGAACUAG